AUCACAUUUGUUUUAAUGGAUUUUGCUAAGAAGAUUUUGGGUAAAUACGGUUGGAAAGAAGGCGAUGGCUUGGGCAAAAGCAAUACUGGCAUUGCGGUGCCGUUGAAAGCCAGCUUAAAAUUCGAUAAUGCCGGCCUGGGCGUUGAUCGUGCCAAGGAAUUUAAUGAUCAUUGGUGGGAGCGAUGUUUCAACGAGGCGGCCUCAAACGUUGACGUUCAACUGGAGGAGAACGGUGCGGUGAGCACGGGGCGGAAGGCUGGCGAGGAUGCUGUUGAGAUAUCCACCAAGGGCUAUUCGACGCGCAAACUAAACAAGGCCAAAGAUCAUCAGAGGAAUGCGGAAAAUGGUGUCGUCUACGAACACUUUCUGAAAUCGGCGCUGCUUACCCAAAGUGGGGAUGAAGUGGCCAACACCGAACGCAUAAAGGGCGACGACAUCGCUGUCAGCCAUGUUAAUGUGCUGACGGAUGAGGAGUUGUUCAAGGCCUGCGGUGGACGCACUGCCCACAAGGGAGCACGUCACGGCCUUAAAUUGAGUGGAAAACUGGCUCGCAUCGAGCAACAGGAGCGGGAGAUGCUAGCAAAGCUACUAGCCAACAACAGACAAGAAACAACAGAAGUGACCGACGAACCCCACAAGAGCAAAAAGAAGAAACGUAAGCAGGAAUCUAGUAAAGUGGAACCCGAUGUUGUCCUUGAAAAGGUGGAAAUUGAGUCCGAAUCGGAGUUGCCAAAAAAGAGCAAAAAACCCAAGACGCAAGAAAAAGAAAUUGUCAGCGAUGAAACUGAGGCGCCUCCAAAGACGAAAAAAAAGAAAAGGAAGCACAGGCAGGACUAGAUUAUGAGAUAAGAAGUACACCGAAAAAAAUUGCCGGAAAUAAAAAUCGACUUAAAAUA